GAGGGCUCGGGAAGACUGGGGGCCCAACUUAGCCUGGUUGGGACCGUGCGGAGCAGGCGGCGGCCGUCGUCACCAUCGGCUGAGCUGGCGAUGCAGCUCAGUGGCAAUUGAGAAGCGAAAGAGAACGCUUGGACUUCAGUGUCGGAGCAACUGGUCCAUAGCCGUCGUGACGAUACGACCACUGUCCAUAAGGAAUGUGAUCUCUAUGUGCAUCCUAAAUCCUCUUUUUGUGUGGGACACGCAAGUGAGAAUAUUAAUUGAGAGAGCAUAAAGAGACGCCAAGAGCGUACAUAGAGAGGCAACUUCGAAUAAGAAGAAGCCGCGGCUGGGCGUAAUAGUUUGUAAUCGAUGGGUUGAGAACGCAAGUGUCUUUUUUUUUCUUUCGAACCAAGGUGUUUAGCUUACCGAUGAGCCAUGCUGAAGGUAGUAGGGGCCUCGUGGCUGCAAACCCGCAUCUCCACUUACAUACUCGUUGCCGUAGCAAUGCUCGGCAUCGGGGCCAUCAUCCUCGGGGAGUUUGGCCAUGUGGAAAAUGAUGGAACUUACUCAGCGACUGUAACAUGGAAACGUAACGGUGGGUACCGUGUCGACUUUUGGGGACAAGGCAAUGAUCUUACAGCCAUACCACUUGGAGCAGCACGUGCUUAUUAUAAAACUGGUAUCUAUGAGACAGGAUGGUCCAUCAUUGAGAUUCAGACUUCUGAGGAAUAUCCGGAUAUGGUACAGGCUUAUGCGGCAGGACUCGUGGAAGGUAGUUUAACCUGGCAGCUCAUACAUCAUCAUUGGCGUAAUACAAUGCGCUCCGCGUGUGCACCAAGAGCUGCCAUUUGUCGGAAAAUGCGAAACUUUCUUCGUGAGAACAACGCAGCUGUCAGAGAACGUGCUGAAGUCCUAGCUGAUAAGGAUCCAUACUGGCAUAUGAUACGUCUAUUCUACGCGCAACUGGAUGGUAUGGAAGCUGGAUGGAAAUUCGCGGUUCGACGGAGCCGUCAAUCGGUUGAGAUUGAGUCGGAGGAUUUCCUUUGGCUUGCUAUGGCUUCCGAUUUGCCUGACCUGGAGCGUGCUCUCAAUGGUUCAGAUUUCAAGGAUAACUACAGAGGAAUGACGUUCCUGAAGUCACUGCCCAGGGAGCAUUUAGGACCUUUGAUCGCCGUAGCCCAGAACACAGCUGCACCAUACAAUAGAAUGCUGAGACUCCUAAAGAGAUACACGUUUGGUUAUCACGUUUCCACGGACAAGGACGCUGAAGUUGUAACUGGUCGCUCGGUUGUAAUGUCAUCUUAUCCUGGAGCAUUAUCCUCCCAGGACGAAUAUUAUCUGGUACAGGGAGAAGAGCGUGAAUUAAUAGUUGCGGGAACACCAUUGGUAGUAAGCAACAAAAGUCUAUGGUCCCAUUUAAGUCCGAAAAAACAGGUAAUGUCAGCUCCAAGAGUGAUGGCAGCAAAUCGUUUGGCACCGGAUGGACGUGCCUGGUCCCGUCUUAUAGCCCGACAAAAUGGCGAAACAUCCUCUCGCCAAUGGAUCGCAGUGGAGUCUCGUUUAAAUUCCAUCUUCCUGGUAGAACAGCUUCCAGGUCUAACGUGGGCUGCGGACUACACCAAGGAGUUCACAGAGAAUGGAUUUUUAUCCUGCGUUGGUAUUCCUGUUUUUGAACAGAUCAAAGAUAUAAACGGACGUUUGGAUAAUGAUAGCGAGACUUACUUGCUUACGAAAAGUAUGAAGGUAACCAUGCUCCAGAAGAACAUCACGACAGCCGAGGAGAUUGUAAGGAUGAUGCGGGGUUUCAUUCACGAGGACGACAGUCAGGUUAACUUAGAAACAGGUGAUUCUACUUCAAGUACAUCGGCUACAGAUUUUGAAUUGCAUAGGCUCCUCUCCUUCAGAGGUGACUUGGAGGAGCGAUCCAGACCCGUAGGUAUAAUCGAUACGAAAAUACUCCUGGUAGAUCUCGAUGGGUUAGAAAUGUUCGAGGCUACAUCAGGCCCGACCUUUUCUAACAACUGCCCAUCAUUUAAUUGGUCUAAGAGCUUUCCUAACAUCUCCCACGUCGGUCAGCCAGAUAUCUUUAAUUUCGACAGUGUAAGGCCAAUUUGGGUCUGGAUUUAAUGAUCUAGAUUAUCUCUAUCUCUGGGUUUGCCACGGUGCCACUAUUUAAUCUGAAAUUCAUAUGUAUAAAUGUUUAACUUUUGAUUGUAUGUAUACAGCUGGCUCAUAUGUAAACUUAACCGUGGCGAGUUUUUUUUUUCAAUAAAAAUAUUACAAAAAGAUA